CCGGUCUUUCCCGACCGCCGCACCCAGUCCCUAGGUGCUGAACCGGCUGGACGGUCCUGCCGGGUGACUUGUAGCUGCCUGACUCGUACGUCCAAGUUCCCCUGCUGUAACCUCGGGGUAAAUGCACGCACCCCGCCCUCUUCUGCCAGUGGUCCCCGUACGGGCCGUUACUGUAAAGCGAGUGUUCCGUGCGGCAGGGCGGCACCUGAGCUGCAGCGGAGCGGCGCCAUCCUGUGGGGGAGCCAUGAAGCACUACGAGGUGGAGAUUCUGGAUGCGAAGACAAGGGAGAAGCUGUGCUUCCUGGACAAGGUGGAGCCUCAGGCCACCAUUGCUGAAAUCAAGACCCUCUUCACCAAGACACCAGACCCGCAGUGGUACCCUGCCCGACAGUCCCUCCGCCUGGACCCCAAGGGAAAGUCGCUGAAAGAUGAAGAUGUCUUGCAGAAGCUUCCUGUGGGCACCACAGCCACACUCUUCUUCCGGGACCUGGGAGCCCAGAUCAGCUGGGUGACGGUCUUCCUGACUGAGUAUGCUGGGCCCCUUUUCAUCUACUUGCUCUUCUACUUCCGGGUACCCUUCAUUUAUGGCCACAAAUAUGACUUCACAUCCAGUCGGCACACAGUGGUGCACCUCGCCUGCAUCUGCCACUCCUUCCACUACAUCAAGCGUCUGCUGGAGACACUCUUCGUGCACCGCUUCUCUCACGGAACCAUGCCUUUGAGAAACAUCUUCAAAAACUGCACCUACUAUUGGGGCUUUGCUGCAUGGAUGGCCUAUUACAUCAACCACCCUCUCUACACACCCCCUACCUACGGAGCCCAGCAGGUUAAAUUGGCGCUGACCAUCUUUGUGAUCUGCCAGCUUGGCAACUUCUCCAUCCACAUGGCUCUUCGGGACCUUCGGCCAGCUGGGUCCAAAACCAGGAAGAUCCCAUACCCCACCAAGAACCCCUUCACCUGGCUAUUUCUGCUGGUGUCCUGUCCCAACUACACUUAUGAGGUAGGGUCCUGGAUUGGCUUUGCCAUCAUGACGCAGUGUGUUCCAGUGGCCCUCUUCUCCUUGGUGGGCUUCACCCAGAUGACCAUCUGGGCCAAAGGCAAGCAUCGCAGCUACCUGAAGGAGUUCCGUGACUACCCACCCCUGCGCAUGCCCAUUAUCCCUUUCCUGCUCUGAGCAGUUCCUCGUGGGCCCACCAAGUAGCACUGUCUACCUACUCCCCCUGACCUGGGGUGACCAUGGCUCUCCAGCAGCAACAAUAAACCUGCUUUUCCAGCUGGA